AAUCUACCCAAAAUCACUAAGAAAUUACUUCAAGUGUUGAAGUUGGAUGAAUUAGAGGAAGAUAUAGUGAAUAGUUACAGAAUGGGAAAACAUGAUAAAGCACCUAUCCUAAUUGAAACGAAAAAUUUAAACUCAAAAAUAAAGAUAAUAACAGCAGUUAAACAGAAAAAGGGUAUACGAUUCAAUGAAUGUGGCUUUGAAGGUACAAAUAACAAUAUCUUUUUCAAUGAUGAACUUACCACAUUCAACAAACAACUUUUCAAGAAAGUGAGAGACUUUAAAACAUCCAACAAAUGUAAGGGAGCUUUUUGUGCGAACGGGAGGGUCUACCUGAGAAGAAAUGAUUCGGAACCGCCUAUAAGAAGCAAAAACGAGGAUGAUCUAAUAGCAUUGAGUAACCGAAGCUGAAGUUGCCACGUAUUAGUGGAGAAAUAUACGUUUUAUAUUUUGUUUUUUUUUGCAAUGGAGGGAAUAAAUGUUCUUUAUUUCAUACUGCAUGAAAUAUAAAAACCAAAUUGUUUUGGUUUUCAGAACAAAACGAAUUAUCUUUAUUAAGAAUUAAGUAGGCAUAGUUGCCAUGAAAUAUGACAUAGAUGGAAGUAAAUUUCACGAAUUGGAAGCGUUUCUCAAACGCAAAAGUAAAGGCUAUGAGCCAAAAAAGUCUCAAGUGUUUAGUCGGGAAGAUAUUGUCAAAUUUUUGAAGAAUGCGUCUGAUCAAAAAUACUUACUUCAUAAGGUAGUUUUGAUUAUGGGUUAUUUCGGGGGCUGUAGAUGUCAAGAACUUUUGAAUAUGAAAAUUAAUCACAUCGAAGAUAGGGGCUCUGUUAUGGUGGUUGACAUUCCGGAAAGUAAAACAGAUAUUCGUAAGAGAUUUACUAUUGUGGAAGAAAACGAGUUCUCUGCAUUGAGUCUAGUGAGGAAGUAUAUGCUUCUACGUCCAUCGGGCCCGGAAAGAUUUUUUCUAACGUAUCGAAGAAAACGUUGCUCAGUUCAACCGGUUGGAAAAAAUACAUUCGGGAAAAUUCCAAGCAAAAUUGCUAGUUUUUUGGAAUUGUCGAAUCCAGAAGCAUUCACAGGACAUUGUCUGCGAAGGACUUCUGCGACUGCCUUGGUCAAUGCAGGAGCAAAUAUGACAACAUUGAAGAGACAUGGUGGAUGGCGAAGUUCAACGGUGGCAGAAGGGUAUUUGGCCGACAGCAUGGAAUUGAAAAACAAAACUGCAAGAAUGUUAGCUGGCAUGUCAGAUGAAAGAAGGGAAACAACUUCAUGUUUGAAUACAGUCAUUAACAGUGACAACCGUUUAAUAGAAAAUCCUUGCAAUUCGGGUAACAACUUUAAUGGUAAAUUCGACAACUGUCGGUUUAUUUUUGUGAACACUUUAGAGGGAGUUAAAGAUCUAUAACUGCCCUGUUUAACUCCCAAGGGAGUUAUGACAAUGUUUAUAGUUACGGUAACUAAGCAUUUAUGCCUUUGUAAUGUAUCAGUAUGAAAUAAAAUUAAUUAUCUAUCUUGUGAGUUAUUGGAUUUUAACCACCUCGGGCAACGCAACAAUCCCUCGGGACUUACGUUCCUUCGGGAUUGAAAUCUGUUGCCCUCUGUGGUUAAAACCCUCUUAACUCCCUUGAUACAUAAAUAACUAUUAUUUGAAUAUUAGGAGUUUAAGGAAUAAAAUGGAGGAGUUAGUACAUUUGUUGGAGGUUGAUUUUGGGGGAAGCAUUGAUGUUUUAGUUUUGACGGAGACCUGGUUAUAUCCAAGUGAAGUUGAUUUCUACAAUAUCAGAUCAUACGUUGCCAUACACGAUUGCAGAGAUUCUAGAGGAGGCGGAACGGCUAUAUAUCUCAGGGAACAUUUAAAAUACACAGUUGAUUAUGAUAGGGAUGAUAAUAUGAAGGACUGUAACUUUUCAAUUGUACACCUAAUAGAGCAAAAUCUAAAAAUAAUAUCAAUUUAUAGACCGCCUCACAAUGCUGUUAAAACUUUCCUCAUGGGAUUUGAAAAUAUUUUAGAAGGACAAAAAUGUCCAUGCCUUGUGGUUGGAGAUAUCAAUAUAGACGUAAUGAAGAGUUCACCUAUUUCAACUGAAUACAAAAAUUUAAUAACAAUUAAUGCAUUUGAAAUUCAAAAUCAUAUAUCCCCGAAUGAGUCUACUAGGAUAAACGACAAAAGUUCAACGAUUAUUGAUCAUGUCAUUGCAAAUAAAAACCUGAGAUGCAAAAUCAACUGUUAUGACUAUUAUUUUACGGAUCAUAGCAAAUAAAAGUAAACAAAGUAAAGAAUAAGAGGAGGAAUAAAUUGUUUACUAAAGUGAAACUUGAUACAGAAAAAAUGAUCAAUUUAGUGGGUAGUCGAAUUGAAAGAGAGCAGACACUGGACUUUAAAUCAUUGACUGAUAUUGUAGUUCAAAGUAAAGAGGAGUCUUCGAGAAAUAAAACUUUGAAAAUAAGGGAAGGAAAUGAAUGGAUAACACACGAAUUUAUAGAACUAACCAAGCAAAGAGACAAGGCAUACAAACGAUGGAAAAUACUAUCAAAUGAUUUUACUACGAAUGAGUUUAAAAGAUUAAAAAAUAGAGUAAAUAACCUGCGAAACAAAUUAAAGAAAAGUCAUAUAGAGCGAAAAUUAUUUUUGGCUAAGAAUCACAUGAAUAAGACGUGGGAUGUACUAAAUACGCUGAUUGGUAGAAAAGAGAAAGAAAGGACAAAGAAAAUUAACAGAAUGAUGGGACACGAUGGGAAUGUGAGAGACAAUACCACAGAGAUUGUAAAUGAAUUGAACAGUCAUUUUUCCACAGUGGGAGCAAAACUGGCAAAACAAAUAAAGAAAAAAGAUGGUUUAAAUUUACCAGAGGAUGUUGUACAGAAUAGUAUAUUUCUUAGCCCAACAAAUGGUACUGAAAUUUUCAAAAUAAUUAAUGAGUUACGAAAUAGUGCACCUGGAGCUGAUGGUAUUACAAGGAAAGAUAUUGUCAAUCUUUUUCCAAUCAUAGAACAGGUACUCGUUAAACUCAUCAACAAAAUAUUGGAGGAAGGUAUAUUUCCGGAAGAAUUAAAGAUAUCUAAAAUUAUACCAGUAUACAAAAAAAAGGGACGCGAAGACGAUCCUAAUAAUUAUAGACCCAUAUCGGUUAUAACGACAUUUGCGAAAAUUGUAGAAAAUAUUCUGAAAAAUAGAAUAAUUGAAUUUGUGAAUAAAACAUUCAAAUUCGACAUUAACCAGUAUGGGUUUCAAAAAAAUAGUAGCUGUGUUGGUGCAGUUGUUGAUAUGGUGGAUUUUAUAACUGAAGAAAUAGACAAGAAUAAAUAUGUAAUUGUGGUCUUCAUUGAU